CUCGGUGACAUCUCUCAUGACAAUUACAAAAACUAAUUCGUCAUCGAUUUAUUGUUUUUCAAAAACACAAAAUCUAGUCUAAUUUUGUUAUUAUAAAUUUAGAAAAUCAUGGCUGACUUGAGGUCGAAAUCGGAGGGGAAGUAUGUUUCCGUGGUGGGCCUUGACAAGUCUCAUUCCACCACCAAGUCGGUGGUCAACUUCAGCAAGAAGAGUCUCAGCAGGUUGAAGGUCCGGCGGGCGUCGUAUGGCUUCUCCGGAGUACCCGGGAUCCGGCCCGUGGAGAGGACUUCACAGUUGGCUAUUGAAUUCAAACGACCGCCGAUGGUGUACCUGCCUACGUAUCAACUGGACCCCAACGUGCCUUUCCACAUUCCAUCUGUACGGGACGCCAUCAACGAAUCCUUGGAUGAACAUUUUACUGGCCACAAAUACACCGCUGGGGAAUCUCCAGGAUUAACCUUGCGUUUGGCCGGAGAGAUUAUGAGGAAGGUGAAGAAUAUGCCGUUCAAUCGCUACAGGAUCAUAUCUAUCGUGACCCUGGCCCAGAAGAGGGCCCAGAGUUACAACAACGCUGUCACCUUCCUCUGGGAUCACGAGAGAGACAGCUAUGUUGACAUCACCAGGGAGACCACCAGUGCUUUCAUACAAGUCACUGUUUUUGGUAUAUAUCUUGAUUAGAUAACUACAUAUAUUAUAUUAACAGGACGUGGCACGGCCCUUUUUUAUUAAUAUUACCGACUAAAUAAAUUAAUUGAUCAAAUUAAGGUUCGUUAUAAGUCCCGUUUAUAUAAUAUAUGAAGUUGUGUUACGCGAAAGUUUAAAAUACGAUAUAGGUAUCUCGAUUACAUUAAAGUAUGUGUUCUUCCUGUAGAAUAUCGAGGUGAGUAUUAGUAAUGAGAUCUGUUUAUUUGUUUUGAAGAAUUUAAACAAAAUAUAUUCUAAAUGAUUUAAAUUCUAUAAAUCUCUACUAGAUUUAUAGAAUUUAAAUCAUUUAGACGAAUACAAUAAAAGUUAUUACCUACCGGAAAAAUGUUGUGAAAACGUGCCUUUCGAAUGAAUGCGCUGAACGGCAUACCUCCGAUUUGUUAAAAUUGAGACGUGUUUCUGUCACUUAAGGUUUUUGAAAAGUGAUAUUUUAUUAGUAUUCCUGUCAGCUACGAGUAGCGUUAUUUUUCUCAAAUUUUGCAUUGGCACUAGUUGUAUAUUUGACACUUUGUUAUCCUUUAACAUUGUCGAAUUAUACUGACGUAUUGUCAUUAUAAUUAAUUAGAUUUAAUCAUGAUUACCUAUAUGUAUAAUUUUAUAAUUUAAAGUUAUUAUUUAAAUACAUAAUUGAUAUU